UCUUCCAAUCUUCCCUCGCCUAUCUGUCCUGUUUUGAAUCUGCCCGGUGUUGUUGAGGCCCAAAACCCUAACUCUACAAAGAUCGAUUCCCUCCAGAAAGUCUACAUCAUGAGUCUAAUCCCACACUUAUCAACCUCCUCCUCCUCCUCCUCCUCCUCCAGGACCUACGAGAUCUGCUUGGUUUGCGGAGCCAACUAUGGAACACCUGAUUAUCGUUAUGAAGUUUUCGUCGUUGACGUUGGUCCUAGCUCUGGUGGUGAUCAUGGAUUAAGAGUAUUGCGCAAUCCCUUGUUCCGAAUUCCGGAAGGCUACGCCACUAUGGGCUUCUUUGCCGUUGAUUCGAGCAUCUACUUUCUUGGAGGAUUUCGUUUGAAUGAACCUGAUCCAUCUUUGAGGAUUUCGAACGAUGUUUAUGUCUAUGACACAUCCUCCAGCGACUCCGCCAUCAAAAAGUUAAGUUGCAUGAAUUAUGGCAAGCUCUUGCCUGUGAUUAUUGGUCCUCUUAAUGAAAAGUUCUAUGCAAUUAGUAAAUACUUGUCAUAUCAUGAUUUUGAGGUGUUCGACCCAAAAUUGGAUUCUUGGUCUUGCCUUUGUCAGCCUCCUGUUCCUGAUUCGCCUGAAAAUGAUUUUGCUUAUGCCAUUGAUUCAUAUGCUGUUGUGAACCAAGACCGCGAAAUUCUCAUGUUGACCUCAGUCGGUCUCUACUCCUAUUAUAUUGAUUCAGAUAAAUGGCAUUUUUACGGCAAAGCUGCUUCUAUUCCAUUUGUCUAUGAUCGAAGGUCAACUGGAUGUACAGUGUCAAUUGGUGGUGACUGCUGUUUAGGGUUUACCCACUGCUGUGAUUUUCGUGAUCCCAAUUUAGGGUUUAUCCACCCCAAGUGUGAUGAUGAUGGCCAUAUAGUACUUGGUACCUAUCGCCACAACAGUAGUGAUCAUACUUGGCAUGACUUCCACCGAAUCUGUGACUGGCCCGAAAAAGAAAAAGUGGAAUGCCGUGCCUAUCCUAUGUCUUUGGGUGAUGGUCUAGUCUGCGCUGUUGUGUCCGGAUAUGAUCCCGGAUAUGAUCCCGGAUAUGAUCAGAUAGUCCCUGCCCCUGCCCCUGCAUAUGAUGAUGACCCCCACUUACCAAGUACACACAUUAUAUCAAUAGGGGUUUUUGUAGAUGGACCCAAAUUCAAUCCCCUCUAUACCCAUCAGUACAAGGACGACCACAAUAUGAAGCACUGCAAGAGGACCCUCGUAGCUUCCUUCCCCUUAUUCAGGAGCAAGCAACGGACUGUAUGACUGAGGAGUCAUGAUGGAUAUGUGGAGCGCUGUUGCGUACCUACCUGGAAGGUAGCAGGCAUGGGGAGCGAGUCUAGUAUGGUCUUUUUUUUUGUGUGCUUGUUGCAUCUAGUUUUUACUUUCUAUUUUGAGAGAUUGACUCUCGAGAUAUCUUAUGGUACUGUUAAGUUAUGGUUUUCUGGUACUUGUGUGGAUGGUUUUACUAGGUUGGAUUAAGCUAUGUAAUCGUUAAAAAGUGUCAUAUUUCUUGACAAACAUCAAGCUCGAGCACAUCUAAUAGACCAUUAUAUGCUUGAUUUGUGGGUAACUAGCUUACCAUAUCAUGCUCUAGUUGCUUUUGUUACAAUGUCCAUCUGAAAUGAAUGAACUUGUGUGGUGCCUCA